AUUACUUUCAAAAUCUUAAUCGUUAAAAAUGAUUGUAGUUGGUUUGUCUCAUGAAAACAAUUUUGUUAUUCGCCGCAGGGAAACUGAGCCCUACAUUACACUCGUUUAAAUGCUGGUUAGUAGUAAAUCUGAGUUCUAGUCGUUGUUCUCAAUAUGGCAAAUAUCUCUGUCCCUCAGAGUCUUGAUAGCACAGUUGAACUGAAUGAUGGCUUCAAGAUGCCAAUGUUUGGCUUAGGUGUAUACAAGAUGGAAGAUGAUGCUGAAUGUGCAGAGUGUGUUAAUGUGGCAUUAUCUAAUGGCUACAAGAUGAUAGAUACUGCUGAAAUGUACAAAAAUGAAGAGGGAGUUGGCCGAGGUCUUAAGAAGUCUGGCCUGAAGCGAGAAGAUUAUUUUGUUGUCACGAAACUUAUGACAUUCGGUCACCAACCAGCUACAAAUGCAUUUAAGCAAAGUUUAAAAAAGUUGGGUUUAGAGUUUGUCGAUCUUUAUUUAAUCCACACACCUAGGUCUUCCAAAGCAAAGAUAUUAGACUCUUACAGGGCAAUGAUAGAACUGCAGAAGAAGGGAUUAAUAAGGUCAAUAGGGGUCUCUAAUUUUGGAGUUAAACACCUUGAAAUCUUGAAAGAAGAGGGACUUCCAACUCCAGCUGUCAAUCAAAUAGAGCUCCACCCCUUUCAACACCACAAAGAUAUCGUGGAGUAUUGUAGAGCAAAUAAUAUAGCAGUUAUGGGAUAUUCACCACUCGGGAAGGGUAAACGAUUGGAUGACCCAGAUUUAUUGCAGAUUGCCAACAAGUACCAAAAAACAGUUCCUGAGCUAUGCAUUCGAUGGAGUGUACAGAAUGGCUUCAUAACAAUUCCAAAAUCAGUCAACCAUCAGCGCAUCAUUGACAACACACACUGCUUCGAUUGGUCCAUCACAGAUGAUGACAUGAGAAUAAUUUUGGAACUUCCUCAAUGGUCAUGUAUGAGCAAUGGACUCCGUAGAGUGGAUUCAACCGUAUUCAUAUGGGAAUAA